AACCAUUUUGAAAUGUUCAUCCAGUGGGUUUUUCUAAUCUCCAGCGUUACCCUGAUUUCCUCCAAAGGUCUUCCGGAACGAAUCGUUGGAGGCAAAGCGGUAUCGAUCCUAUCGGUUCCCUGGCAGGCUUCCCUCCAAAAGUUUGGAGAUCAUAGCUGCGGUGCUGCCAUCUACAGUGAAGAUAUCAUCAUAACGGCAGCCCACUGUGUCAAAAACACUAAUGUUGGCAUCUAUUCCGUAAGAGUUGGUUCAUCGUACACCUAUUUCGGAGGUCAGGUGGUGAGGGUAUCAAGGAUACUGGCGCACGAAGGUAACGCCAAAAGUAUGUCCUACGACAUAGCCUUGAUUAGACUUCAGUCCAAACUUACGAUGAAUAGCAGAGUUCGCCCCAUUCCUUUGGCCAGUAGUUCCCCCAAAAGAAGAUCUCCUGCCACGGUUUCAGGAUGGGGAGCUGUUGGAUUUAAUAAGGCAAUGUCAACUGCCUUACGCGAAGUUGAUGUGGAUAUUGUGGAUCGGAAUCAGUGUCUAAGAUCCUAUGGACGAGUAAUCACCCGGGACAUGAUCUGCGCAGCCGCCCCGGGAAAAGAUGCCUGCUCCGGGGACUCGGGAGGUCCUUUGGUGUCCGAUGGAAAACUUGUUGGCAUUGUCUCCUUCGGAACGGAUUGCGCUCAUCCAAAUUACCCCGGAGUCUAUGCCAAUGUGGCCGAGCUCAAGCCUUGGAUCUUGAGUUCUGUUAAAAGACUAUAAUAACUUUGUUAAACAAAGCUUUAAUAAAAGAAUGCUUAUAAUGAAAAAA